AUGGGAUGUGGUGCAAUGGUCACUGGGCAAUACAGAGUAAAUAACUUCAUUUUUUCACCUAUACUCUGCGAACAAAAAUGUGACAAUUUACUUGAACGUUACGUUUCCAUUGGUGAUGCGAUGGAUAUAAUUUGCCCAUACUACGAACAGAAUGAUGUGGAAUUUACAGACACUGAGCAAAGCAUCAUCUAUAGGGUUUCCGAAUCUGACUAUGAAACUUGCACCCUUUCAUCGGCUGCACGUGAACUGGGUCGAUGUAUUUCACCAAUGAGAAGAGACAAGGUCAAAGUUUCCUUCCGGCUGCUUAGCCCUAAUCCAUCGGCUUUGGAUUAUCGUCCUGGACAUACGUAUUACUUUAUAAGUAAGUUUUGCACUACACUGAAGCUCAAAGGAUACAGUAAUUUUCCCGAGACUUACCGUAUUUCUUCAGCCACCUCAACCGGAACUCCAUGGGGUUUAGACAACAGAAAAGGUGGCCUCUGCUCAACGCAUCAAUUAAAAAUGAUCAUUCAUGUUGGAGACUAUGGUCAUCAUCAUCAUCGCUAUCACAAGCCUACUACAACAACGGCUCAGCCACCAGCAGAAAAUGAAUUAGACUGGCCAGCUGAUCCGCUAUGGACCAAUCUUAUUCAAAAGGUCGAAGCAGUAGGCAACACAAUUUUGUCUACCGUAACCCGAGGCGAACGAGUAUCAUUAGAUGUUGGCAAUGAGCGGCACGAAUACGAAUCGGUACCGCUUGACGAACUCGACUUCCAAAUACAUGAAAUCGGUGAUGGUAAGUCUGGUUAUUCUAGCUACCCGUCU